AUGGCCGGAAUCAGAUAUACCACCCUCAGCGUUCGCCGACACCAGGCCUGGGACGACUCCCACAGCCUCGACGCAUGGCCAAUCCAAGAGGAGUCGCUCACCAGGACAUCAUAUCCACGGACACCGCGGGUCCAAGCCGUACCCAAACGUCUCCGCAAGACCGAAUGCCGUCAGGUCUUCUUCUCCAACACACAGAGUCGCCUGCCUUCGAUCCACGUGCACGGCCCCCAAUGCCGGUGUACCCAGACCCAAACAUCAGACCAGCAUCAAGACGAGCUCCUCGCGCAACGGAUCGCCUCCCUCACCGAGAAAGCACUCCUCGCCAGAACCACACCAGCACCCAAUAAGAGCAAGCCACCACCACCACCACCAACAGCAGCCCACCCGCACCGCCGUCCCCGCCCAGUGAGCGUAAGCAGCGGCAUGACCACAUCCCUCACCCUGCUCUCAACAAGCCUCAACCGCGUAACCCGUCUCUUCACAACCUCACCACAACCCGUAACACCACCACCACCUCCCUCUUCCCUUGCACUGCAAGCAGCAGUAGCAGCAGCAGCAGCAGAAGACCUCUGCAUUGCCUGUGCAAAUCUCGACAUCGACAAGGUCUCACGCUACCUCCUCCCCACAACCACAACCACAACCACCUCCUCCUCCCCCGCAGCCCUGCUGUUGCCAGCAAACCAGCCAAACCACCUCGGCCUAAACCCCUUAAUGGCCACCAUACGAUCACGAGUCCCCAGGGGCGGCAGCGGGGCGGCAGCACAGCGGGAGAUGGUGCGCUUCCUGGUCGAAGUGUGUGGGGCCGACGUCAACGCGUCCCGCGUCGACCGGGUGACCGGGUUGGGGGAGAGCGUGCUGAGCAUGGCGUGUGCGGGGGGGCUGGUCGAGGUAGUGAGGUAUCUUGUAACACUAGGAGAAAGAAGAAGAGGAAGAGGAAGAGGGGUGGAGGUGGAGGUGGAUCGGAGGUUGCCACUACUAGUAGUAGGAGGACCUCCUCCUUGCCGCCGCCCCUCCUCCUCCGGAAUUUCGGGGAAAGGGAAGGGGAAGGGAUUGCUGUUGCUGGGCCAGACUGCGUUGCAUGUUGCGGUGCUGGCGGAUCGGGCGGAGUGUGUGGAGGUGUUGGUGGGGGAGGGGAAGGCGGAUGUUGAUGCGGUGUUUGAUGGCGCGGGUUUCUCUGGGGAGGGUUGGGAGGGCUAUGGGGGGUUGAGGGGAAGGGCAAGGAGCGUGUCGUCGAGGGAGAGCAGGCGACUAAAGGGGCCUAGGCAUCCGGUCUCAGCGCUGCAUCUUGCUCAUGCUAGUGUGGCUUGUACUAAGGUGCUUCUGCGGUAUGGAGCGGCCGUGGAUGCGAGGGAUGGGUACGGUCGGACACCGCUUCACUGGGCUGCCGAGUCGGGCCAUACUGAUGUUGCGCGUUUGCUGGUCGAGGCUGGGGCGGAUGUGAGCGCUGUCUUGAAGCACGGACCGCAGGCGAGGGAAUCUCUAUCGGAGGCUUUGGGCAUGUCUGCGAAGGAUGACUCGGAAUCAGGGGACAGCACCGAUCGGGAGGUAAGCAUAAGGGGAGACAGGGUCCUAAUGGCGGAGAAGGAAAAGUUAAGUCGUUGA